AUGAAGUCUUUUGGCUACACACAAAGUAAUUCUGAUCACACCUUGUUUCUCAAGAAUAAUCAAGGUAAAAUCACUGCAUUGAUAAUAUAUGUUGAUGAUAUGAUUGUGACUGGAAAUGAUCUUGAUGAAAUUUCAAGUCUUCAGGAAUCUUUAGCUUCUGAAUUUGACAUGAAACAACUUGGAGAUCUCAAAUAUUUUUUAGGGAUCGAAGUAGCAAGGUCAAAACAUGGUAUCUUUAUUUGCCAAAGAAAAUAUGUUUUAGACUUGUUAACUGAAACAGGAAUGCUUGGAUGUAAACCUGUUGAUACUCCUAUAGAGAAAAAUCACAAGAAUUUUCAUUGUGUUGGUACAGCUAGUACAGAUAAAGGAAGAUAUCAAAGGCUGGUUGGGAAGUUAAUCUACUUAUCUCAUACUAGGCCAAACAUAGCAUAUGCGGUCAAUGUGGUGAGUCAAUUUAUGCAUGACCCAAGAAAACCUCAUAUGGAUGCAGUUGAACGAAUAUUGAGGUACUUAAAAUCUGCACCUGGAAAAGGUUUGUUGUUCUCAAACCAUGGCCACCUCAAAGUUGAAGGCUACACUGAUGCUGAUUGGGCUGGUUCAAAAAAUGAUAGAAGGUCUACUGCAGGCUACCUCACUUUUGUGGGAGGAAAUCUUGUAACUUGGAGAAGUAAGAAACAAGAAGUAGUUGCUAGAUCAAGUGCAGAAGCAGAAUUCAGAGGGAUGGCAAUAGGAAUAUGUGAAUUGUUAUGGAUUAAAAAUCUUUUGAAGGAUAUUGGAUAUGAACAAAAGAUGAAAUGA